AUGUCAAAAACAUUUAAAUCAUUCAAUCAAGAAGAAAAUCAGCAAAGUGAUUAUAAAAAUCUUGACAAACCUUUGACAAGGACCACUCAAUUGAGCCCAAUAACUGAUCUGCAAACCAAAUUAAAUGUCUUGAACCGGGAAAAUCAACAAUUAAAAUCAGAAAUAUGUGAUAAAGUUGUAGAAGCCCAAGAAUUGCAAGCAGAAUUAACUGCAAUUCGAGAGCUAAACGACAUUAAAGACCAAAACUUAAGCAAACUUAAAGAAGAGCUAAAACAGGCUACAACUGCUAAUAGUAAAGCAGCAGGCGAACAGCGUUUUCUUCAAGAACAAAUGCUGCUAUUUCAGCAAGAGCAAGAACAGCUAUUAGAUGACUAUGAACAAGCCUUAGCUAAAAUUGAAGUUUUAUCAAAAGAAAAAAAUCAAGCUUUAUUCCAAUUAGAAGAAUUAAAUACUCGAUGCCAUUUUUUGGAACGGCAAAAUGAAGACUUGACUAAUAGCAAAAACCAGGACAGUUCAGAAAUUUAUCAGCUCAGGACACAACUAAAAGAAAAAAAUGAGGAGGUUUUUGCAUCAAAGCAACAAUUGGAAAAUUUAAGGAAUGAGGCGAAAGGGUAUAUUGAUGAACUUCAUCAUAUGCAUCAAAUUAAUGAAAGAUCAGAAGAAACUGCCAAAGGGCUAAGGGAGGAAAUUAGAAGGCUGCAGAGUCAGAUGGAUGAACAGUUUUUAAAGACUCAAAAUACUGAAAGAGAAAUGAUGAAAGCUAGAGAAAUGAGCGGAGAGUUAUCCUAUAAUAAAUUGAAUUAAUUUUGUUUUUAUUAAUAUAUAACAUCUUAAUUUUAUAUUAAAAUUAAUUGAAGAUUGUAUAAAAAAACAUUGAAAGAGAUAACAGGAGGUUAGAGGAGCAACUGAGAGAGUCAAACUUAAUGCUAAGCCAAAAAGAUGCAGAUUUAGAAGGAAGAUACACAGAAAUAUCAAAACUCCAAAAAUCAAAUAAAGAGUUAAGGGAUGACAAUUAUACGUUAUUAAGCAAUAUAUAUAAAAAAUGGUGGCGACAGACCACCCGACGUCCUGACCCUUUUUCUUUAACACCAGCAAGAUACGGCCCAGUGUGGAGGGAAAGGGCAGAAAGAGGGCGAUAAUUUUAUAUGCAUAUCGGGCUAGGUUUUCCUAGGAAGCUAAUUCCUGGGAUUUGCCCUCCGAGUCCAUCAUUGGAGAUGGCAAGACUACAAAAGCCCCAAGAGGAUAAUAAGUCCCUCAAGCAGGGCUUCAAGGUUACAUCUGCCUAGCAAGAGACUGGAGUUUCGAUCCAGGUGAUGGGCCCAAAGGCUCCAGAAUUCAUUGAAGUUAAGACGGUAUGUGCGAUUCCCUUGUCUACGGUGGCGAGUAGGUAUCUAUUGGAUUCCUUUGAGGACGAAGGGUAUGCAGUAGUGCUAACCCUCAGCCCUAUCAAGGACAAACGCUUUUUUAACUUUAAGAUUAUACUUUAUCAAGCAAACUUGUAGAAUUUGAAAAUGAAAAUGAAAGACUGAGAAGGUCAAAUGAUGAAUUCAGAAUUAGGGUUGAUUAUUUAAGUGAAAACGAUAAAGAAAUCAGAGGAUAUUUGAGUAGAAAAGAAAAAAUGCUGAGAAUUAGAGAACAAGCAGAAAGAGAGCUGCAGGACGCUCUUGAUUCUUUCAGCUCAACUAAGUAA